CCCUUUCACCCAUAACCCUAAGCGAAGCAUAAACCUGAUUCAGUUGGAAGCCCCAAGAACUAGGCCUACUUGUUAUUUGUGAAGCCCUUGUAUACUAACCACACUUGAAAGCAAUGCUAACUAGGUGUUUGGGGUGGUGGUUCUAGGUCAGAUCAGGGGAGGGAGAUGGUUAUAAACCUGGUUUCAGGCUGGAGGUGGAGAAACGAGGAGGAAACCAGAAGAGUUUCGAAUUGCCAGCUCUGCGUCACCUCAAACGGAGGACAACAUGACCUGCGGGCGGCUUCUUGUUCUCUACCUGGCCGCGGUGCUGGGGCCGCAGCCGCCUCUCGUAGACGGCCACCAGAAGGCACUAGAGACGCACAAGGUGAGCGUCGGGCGCUUCUUUAUCCUGAAGUGUAGCCCGGGUCAUACCAAUGUGACAUGGAAAAGAGGGGGGGGCAACUCUAGCCUGCCUGCCGGGGUGGAGGUUAAAGAUGCAGAGCUGUGGUUUCUCCCUGUGGUCCAGGCCCAUGAUGGAAAAUACAUCUGUCACAACAGGAAGGAGAGGGUGUAUGAGGUGCGGGUGUCUAACGAGCUGUGUCCAGCUGCGGUCGAGUCCAAACGAAUGAAACAAGGGCCUCUUCACUGUAAACUGGAUCUCCCCCGAGGAACGACUCGUACUGCCCCUGUGGAGUGGCUUAAGGAGUGUGUGCCUGUCAAUCUGGCUGGUGGAAACCUGGAGGUGACACAGAAGGGGGACCUUAGGUUCCUGAGGGACUCAGAAACAAACGCUGGCCUCUACACCUGCCUGCUGCACAUGUCUCUGGGAGAUAACAACUACACCGCUGCCCGCUCCCUCAACCUCACCCUCGGCAACACAACUUUCCUGUAUAAACCCAUGUUGGUGUAUCCGAAGGUGGAGACAAAGGAGAUAGUGGAAAUAGGUUCCAGAAAGGAGCUGCGAUGUAAGGCCUACCUGGGCAACAGAGACGAUGGUACUAACAUGUACUGGACCAUCAACGGACACCAUUUCAACACAUCUCCACAUCUCCACUAUUCCCAGAAAUAUGCAGAGGAGGAUGGUGCUGUCUAUGGCAUGUCAUCCUUGGUCAUCUCUUCGGUGGUCCCUGAGCUGCUCGACAUCCCGAUCAGCUGUCAUCUCCUCAACCCUGCAGGACAGGGGCAGGGAACCUUUCGGCUUCACAAAGCGGACCACCGCGGUCUCUAUGUGUGUGUGCUGGCCCCCCUGACCGUGUGUCUGCUGGGGCUAGCCCUGGCUCUGGGGAUGCUCUUCAGGAUGGAGCUGGUGUUGGCCUACAGGAGGUUGAAACGGCUGUUCAUAUCCCUGGAGGUCUCAGAUGGUAUGCUGUACGACGCCUACGUGAGCUAUCAGUACAGCGGUGAGGGUCGUUCGUCUGAGGUCGUGACCUUUGCCCUCAAGGUCCUGCCCGAGGUUCUGGAGAAGCGGCACGGCUUCAGCCUCUUCAUCCGAGGACGGGACGACUCUCCCGGAGAAGCGCUGCAUGAUGUCAUCGCCGAGGCAGUGAGCAAGAGCCGGCGGCUGGUACUCAUUUUGUCCGGGCAGGGAGACUCUGAAACAUCACCCCUCCACCCCAGCCCAUCACAACUGGCCUACGAGCACAGCGUGGGCCUGUACGAUGCCUUGACCCAAAGAGGUCUCCGGGUCAUCCUGGUGGAAAUAGAUGGUCCUGUGGACUACACUGCCCUCCCCGAGUCUGUGCGAUACAUCAAGAGAACACAGGGGGCGCUGAGGUGGCCAGGGGACUCGCCUAGGUACCAUGUGUGCACCAAGUUAUCCGCAAACAGCACCUUCUGGAAGAGCAUGAGGUACCACAUGCCCCCGGCCCCCCGAGUCCGGCCCUCGCACAGUUUUGAGACCAGCAGCUCUGAAACCAAAGACAUGGUCGUCGGUUAUAAAAAGAGUUCUCUUCUCUAUGAAACGUGCUGACACUGUGAUGGUGGCCAGGAACCAGUGGCGAUCUUAGCCCUUUGGGGGCUCCAGGCGAACAGUAAUUUAGGGGCCCCUGCAUCUACCGGUCUAUUGUACCUUAUGUCGCAUAAUGAGAUACUCCAUACAAGGGAUGAACAAAAGUCACUAUCCUUCUU